AGUCUUAUUUCAGUUUACAAUAGCUUAACUGACAAACAUCUGACUGUAUACUUCAACAAUGCAAGAAUACGAAGACAUCUUCAGAAAGUCGGCCUGAUCACUCGGAGCGGCCGGAUUGUUCCUGAUAAGGAGUACAAACACAAGCUGAUCCAGCGAGCGCAUCAGAGACAUGUGAGGGAGUGUCUAGCUCAGGCCAUCUUUCACAAGGUGCUAGACAUGGAGCGCCUUCAUCAAACUGAGAUCAAGAGAAAACUUGGGGAAUUUGCACGGAGGGAACAAAUCCACAAAAUGAAGGCUGAGCGCACCAAGAGAUAUGAGGAUGAACCAAUGCUAAUGCUGUCACCUCGGCCACCCACAAGGCCAAAGAUCUCACACGCACGGCAUUCUGGGCCGGAGGGAGAGCAUUCUGAGUCAACAGAAUCUCCGAGUUCCUCCAGGCCAAACACAGCUCCAGGGAAGAUGCAGAGGCCUGUUCGACUUAAGCCCCUAAACAGCAACAGUGCCACGGCCUCUCUGAAAAGAACCUCCCCUCGACACAGACCCCGGGACCGGGACCGGGACUCCUCCAAUGACACCGAUCAGCCCCUCAGUUAUACACUGGACAGAGAUGCCGUGAAACAGUUGACAACAACAGACUUCUCUAGCACUGUCUCGCCCUACCGUCUUCCUGUCAUUAACAACUAUGUGACCCCUGUGCCACCCCUCACAAAGAAGAAAGAAAGAGGGCAGAGAGCGAACGGCACACUCAGGGGUCGAAAGUUAAGACCCACUACGGCACCAACAGCUGCUACAGAGCCGUCUUCUCUCCAGAGGACAUCAGCCCAGAGUAAAGUAUUAGUAAGCAUGGUGUACUUUGGGAAGAGUGUUCACCUGUCCCAUGAUCUGAUGGACCUCAGAGAUGAAGUGAAGCUCUUCCAGCAGCACUGUGGAGGAGAGAACCUGUGUGUCUACAAAGGGAAGCUGAGAGAAGGAGAAGUGUUCCAGUUUGUGUCAAGACGCCACCAGGGAUUUCCCUUCAGUCUUACCUUCUUCCUGAAUGGCCUGCAAGUGGAUCGGCUCAGCUCCUGCUGUGAGUUCAAACACAGGAAAGGUGCUCGGCUUGGGGGCAGACAUGGACACUUUGGAUUUUGCGGUGUGGAAGGAGCCUCUCCAUGCUACAAGUGUAUUAUUGCUAUGGGCUUGGACAAAAAACCCACCCCUCCUCAAAAAAGAGUGAAAGAGGAGCUGCCAACCACUAAAUCCUCUGAUGCUAAGGAGGCCACAGAUGUAGAUAUAGAAACACAUUCCAAUGCAGAGCCUGACACGCCUCAGGAAAUGGAGACAGAACCUAAUGGAGAAACAACACGACAGAAAAAGACCAAAGACGACUAUGAGGAGGACUUUGAGGCAGAUGAUGAAGGGCCAGUUGAAGAUGGUGAUGAAGUAGAGGAAAAUCCAUCACCUGCUGCUAAUAGAGGAGAAAAAGAAACUGAGAACAGGGAUGAAAAUGAUAUAAAUGAAGAGAAAAGCAACUCUGACAGUGAUGUUGCCAGUAUGUCUAAGGUCAAAAGGUCAUCAUCUGUCUCAUCUGGUCGAACGUCCAGCUUGUCCAGCAGUGACAAUGACAAUAGUGAAAGAGAAAUUGUGGAGGACACCAAAGAAGUCACCACUGCUGAUGUUCCAGAGGAGAGCAUACAUGCAGAGGAAGUUCUCACCACAGCUGAGACCAAACCAGAGGAGACAGAGGCCACAGAGUCCAGCGAUGUUACAUUGCCUCAAGCUGCAGCGGAAGACUCUGGGACACAGGAUAGUCCAGGGGAUGGCAUGGAGAAGAGCGACCUGGAAAUGUCAGAAGACACAGACAAGAAAGAGGGAACUGAAGGUGAGCAAUCUGGGGAGGAUGCCAAACCUGAAGAUAAGCCACAAGAAAAUGAGCCGGAGAGAGCCAAGUCAAUGCAGGAGAAGUUGGCUGAGGCCAUUUUGAAGGAAUCUCAAUGUAGUUCAGAGCCAGAGUUUAGUGAUACAAGCACAGAGGAAGAUGAAGGGGCCUCAGUGAAGACCCAACAGGAUGGCCAAGAAACCGAAAUGGCUGAAAUCACUUCGCCACAACCAUCAAAUACACGGGAUGACAUUCUGGAUGAAAGUGAAGCCAACACACAGGAAGUUGUGUGUGAGGAAAGGGCGCAUGAUGAUGAGAAGUGUCAGCCUGCAGAAGAAACAAAUGCACAGGAACCUCAUUUCCACACAGAAGAAGAAGUACAAGAAAUAGAUGAGACUCAGGAGGGAGCAGAAAGUUUAGACAGGGCGAAAGAACAAAGUAAGAGUACAAAUGAGGCUGAACAACAAAAAAGAGAGGAAGUAAAAACUGAAACUGAGGAGGCAGAGGAGAAAGUUAUGGAUGGAGAUGAUACAAAUGCAGAGGUUAAUACAGAGUCUAAAAAAGACAAAGAAUCAUUAGUACAAGAACCAGAGACACAUGCUGAAACGUUGGACACUGGAAAUACAGACACUGAGGUUUCAGAGAUGGAGGGAGAGGGUCAGGCAUCUCAGACAGAGAAUGGUACAGAAACAGGUGCAGGUGACACUGAGAGGCAGCGAGAUGCUGAUGACGUAGAUCAGAACAUAGAGAGGAGGAGCGAUGGACAGACAGACAGAGAUGAAAGAGAAGACCUAGCAGAUGAGGCUGGGGUUGAUAGGUCAACUGGGGAAAUGGUACAGGAGACAGAUGACAAGGUUGAUGAUGGUAAGGUGGAAGAUGGAGAAAAAUCUAGUGAAGAUAAGGCAGAGGAAGAAGCUGCAGAAAAGCUAGAGGUUCAGGAUAGAAGUGAAAGUCUGGGAAAAGAGGAGACAGAGAAACCUGGGGAUGAAGAGACCCAAGAUGGUGAGAAAGAAAAUGAGUUAGAGGGUGGCGACAAUUUAAAUGCAGAAGAGAAAGAAAAUGAGGACAGUACAGAAAAAUUUGAAGAUGGUGUGAAUGUUGGUGAUGAACAUGAAGGUGAAGCUGAAGAACUGUCUAGUGAGGCUGGGAAUAGACAAAAUGAGUCAGAGGAUGUUCAAGAUGUAAGGACACAGGGUAAUGAUAAAGAGGAUGAUGAACAGAACGAAACAGAAGAUGAACAGGUUAGAAAUAAACUUAGUGUUGAGGCAGAGGAAGAAGGGCAAGAGAAGCCAAACAGUGAGGAUGAUAAUGGAGGAGAAACCGAAAAAGUGAAAGACAAAACAAUGGAAGAUGGGGCUCAGAAAGCGGAAGAAGAAGCAGAGAUGGAGGACCAAAAGAUAGAUGAGAUGGCAGAGGGAGCAGAUGGAAAUUGUGUGGAGAAUGAGCUAGAAACGGGUGAAAAGUUGGUAGAAGAGCCAAAGAAAGAGGUGACAGAUAUGAACAAAAUUAGUGAGAAUACUUUAGAGGCAGGGGAUGGAAAAGAAGAGGCCGUUUCUGAUGAAAAUACAGCCCAAAAACUAGAGGUCAACUUUGAGGACCAAAAUGAGGAAUCCGUUUCACAGGAAGAACAAAAUGAAGUAGGUUCAAGGGGGGCACCCGAUGAUGACACAGAGGCCAGUACCAAGGAAGAAGUGGAUGAACCUGCUGGGCUGAAUAAUGUCCUGCUAGAUAGUAACAUGGAUGCUGAAAAUGGAGAGAGACAAGACGUCAGUCUUGAAGAGGCUGAGAAGGUAGAAGAAUAUCUACAAGAGGAAACGCAAGGUAAAUCAGAGGGUGAGACAACUGGUGAUAGGGCUCAAGAAGUUAUAGAUGAUAAUGAAAAGCCAGAAACUGAUAAAGAUGUGAAAGAAGAAGAAAAACAUGAUGACAACGAGCAAGAGAUUGAAAACAAGUCAGAUGCUGAACUUGUUCCCUCCGAAAGAGAGUCUCAAUUGGGUGAUGAACAUGAGGACCAGGCCAGUGACAAUCAAAAAGCAGACAAAGAAGAGGCUGAUAAAGAAUCAGAAACAUCUGCAACAACGUUCAUAGAAAACGUAACUGCUCAGAGAACACAGGAGACAAUCAAUAAGGAUACAGAAAAUGACAUUGUCUCGGCAGAUGCCAAAGCACAAGAACCAAAUGAGUCAGAACUGAAAGGUACUGACAAUGAACUGAGAAGUAGAGAUGCUCCUGAAGUAAUGGAUGGUGAUCCAGUGGAACCUUUGGAGAGGAAAGUGAAUUCUGUAAAUAAUGAUGGUGGCUCAUCUGUUUCCCAUUCACUGAAAUCACAGCCUGUGGAGAAAGUCAAAGAUCCAGUUCUGAGCAUCGAUUCAGAAGAUCUGGCCAUUCAUUCAGAAGCUUUAACUAAAGCAGCUGGGGUAGAUCUAGUAAGUAACUGGAUUAACAUACACCAAGAAUCAAGGUAUUUUCAGACAUUUAUCGAGCCUCUUGAUGAAGAGGGUCUUAUCUCGGAAGAAACCGAGGAGAGGCUAAAUGGUGAAGUAAAUGCUACAGACGCACCAACAAGUACUGAUAUUGAGGGCCUUGAUGAAACACUCAAGAGUGGAGAUGAAAUUGCAACUCCUGCAAGGAAAAAUCUCAAUGAGAACACAGAGUCUGUAGUUGAAAGCUUGAAAACAGAGACCAAAGCUGAGGCCAUAGAAGCAGAUGCUCACAGUAAUCACUCUAAAGACAGCAUACAUACCUCAACCAAAGAUGAAAGAGUCCAGGAGGCUGGAGAUACUAAAGGUUCUUUGGUCACUGCUUGGUCAAGACAGAGUAAUGAAGAACAGACCAAUCAAAAAGACAUUGCUGGACAGGAAACUUCAAUAUCAGAUGAUGUCAUAAACCUAGGGACAACAGCAACAUCUGAAGACAUUCAAGAGCGAGCACUAUCUGAAAUGGAACAUCAGGAUGUACCGACGAAUGUCAACCUGAAUGGAAAAGAGUCAGAAAGAAGUAAUCAACAAAAUAUGACUGAUGAAACCACGCAUUUAUCCCAAACAGAGGAAGCAAGUAACAAAGAGACCCUGGAGAGUUCAGAACACAAUUUGCAACCUGAACAUGUAUCUCAGAGUCCAACAAUCACAGUAAUUACAGACCUCAAAAUCAUCAAUAAAUCGGAAAACGGAAGCCAAGAUGACACUGCAAGUGUAGACUUCCAUUCCAGACAGUCGGAUGGAAACAGGAGAACGAAAGUAAUCGAUGGUCAUUUAAAACAGACUCUCAGCAGCAGAGACACUUUAAGCACAUUCUCAUUGGACGACGCAAGGUUUUUUGGGCCCUCAGGAUAUCCAAGAUUAACGACUGCUCACACGGAGAACAGUUAUUAGAACAAUAGUAAAUCCUUUAGCUAACCCAGGGGUGUCCAAUCCUUCUCCUGUUCCACCGAGUUUAGGUCCAACCCCAAUUACACAUAUCUGAACCAGUUAAUCAGGGUCUUCAGGAUUACUAGAACUUCCAGACAGGUGUGUCGGGGCAAGUUUGAACUGAACUCUGCAAGACAUUGGCCUUCCAGGAGCAGGAUUGGACCCAUAUUAAUGGGUUUACAAUAGUGGCACUUCCUUUUCCUUAUCAGAGACCCAUAGUGAGUCCUGUAUGCUUGGUAGAGAAGCUAUCAACAGCCCACUGAAAAUAGACACCGUAGGACUCGCACAGCACAAAUAAUUUAAUUAUUCAUGAU